AUUAAAUGCCUGGUUUUGGGUUUGUCCAUGGGGAAUUUGUGGAGCAAACGCAAACGACCUCUUGAUCCUGACUGUAUCAAUUCUCCAAAUCCCAAGAGGCGCAAUUCAACAGAUAUCAACUCGCCGGUUCUGCCGCAAGAACAGCAAUCCGACAACCGUGCUCCUCCGACGAUGGACUAUGAAAAAGCCGCUGAACCUCUAUGCAGCAACGGACUCGAUUUGGCGAACCUGGCCGUGUCCUCCGGUAUUCUUGGCAAUUCAUGGGCUGCAAUCUCUAAACUCCGGUCCCAGGUUGACCGCGACCACCAAAGCCCCUCAUCUUCCGAAACCGUGAAGAUUCAAGAAUUUGAAUACCCGAGAUACAAGGUCAUUGCUUUUGUGACGCCUCCAGUUGCUGCAAGUUAUCUCCAAGAAGAGAACGGUUUGGUCGAAUCUUCUUCAUCGGAGGCCUCCGAGUUUCAGUUUCUCUGCUCCAAGAAGAACCCGUCUUUUGCAAUAAACAAGGAGGUGAUCUCUCUGUUCAACUUGUUAUAG